AUGGUGAGUGGGCCCUCCACACCCUCUCACACAAUAGCCUUUUCCCCAGCACUGAACAGCUCUCCCGACAACACAGAUUUCUCCGUUGAUCAACCUUGCCAGGGCGUGGAUAACAGCGCUUGUGAGCAGGUGUCACCCUGGCCAAAACGCGACAGAUGUCCAUGGGUUGCAGUUCGUGGAUGUACAGACAAUGCAGACUGCCCCGUCAAUUUUCACUGUCAUAAUGGAAACUGCAUCAGGAGCCCCCGGGACGAUGCAGAGCUAGAUGCCCACGACACCACCGAAAAUACUCUCUGCAAGACUAGUGUGGAUUGCGCCGUCGGCUCCUGGUGCCGUCGCGGACGCUGCGAUAGGAUACCACGCCUGCCUUCGAAACUCCUGACUCGCGAUCCCAAUGCGGGAGAAACACCGAAUGGCCUCGAAACUCAUCAAAGACCAUGUAAUUUCCAACGACGGUGCUGGCCUCCUCAGAUCUGCCUUGGUGGCUGGUGCCGGGACCCGUUUAAGGUGAUGGCUAGAGAAGACGCAGGGAGCGAUGAGGCAUUUAAGGACUGCAAAAUUCAUCAAGAAUGUUAUCUCCGCGGGCGCUGCAUUAACGGGAAAUGCAGCCAGACUUAA